AUGUCCUUCACCGAACACAGAGCCCCAACCUUUACCAUAGAGCCACCAAAUAAAGUGGUGUUCCUCAACAGCUCAGGUGAAUCCGUCCACUGUGCAGCAAUGGGAAACCCGAGGCCUUCUAUCUCUUGGGUCCUGUCCGAUGGGACAUCCGUCUCGGACUUGCCGGGUUUGAGACUUUCACUUGCGAAUGGAACGUUGAUGUUCCUUCCUUUCAUGGCAGAAAGUUACCGACAGGAUGUCCAUUCGUCUACCUAUAGGUGCAUUGCUUCGAACUUGGUUGGGAAAAUCGCCAGUAGAGACAUCAGAAUAAGAGCAGUUGUUCGACAAGGAUACCAAGUCCAAGUUUACGACGAGUUUGUGAUACGUGGAAAUACUGCUGUCCUCAGAUGUCAAGUGCCCAGUGUUGUCCGAGACUACGUCAUUGUAACCACAUGGGAGAGAGAAGAUGGGGUCACUAUCGUAUCCAACGUCGCUAAUGGGAAUGUUCUUCCGAAUGGUGAACUGUUGAUACGGAAUGCCAUGAUAUCAGACGGGUUCAAAAGCUACCGCUGCCUGACGAAACAUAUUCUUAGUGGUGAUAUUCAGUUAAGUUCUACGUCUGGAAGACUUAUAAUCACAGAUCCUCAAGGAACACAGCCUCCCAGAAUGUCCGACACUAGAAGUAUUAUUCAAGUGCGGCAGGGUUCGUCAGCUGAGUUGACUUGUGUUGCGCAAGCUUACCCGUUGCCCAGUUACAGGUGGUACAAGAAGGAUGGUGUUCGACUAGCUCCUGUCAGUGCCCGACCGGGUGUCAUUCUUCUCAGUGGAUCUCUCUACUUUCAACAAGUCAGUGUCAGAGACUCGGGAACAUAUGUGUGUGUUGUGAAUAACAGUGCUGGAGAAAAAAGAAUGGAAAGUUCUCUAACAGUUACGGCACCAUUAUCUGCCCACUUACAUCCGAAGCGAAUCCUUGUGGACGCUGAGAAGCCAGUUACUCUCAAAUGCAACAUCUCGGGAUUCCCCGUCGAUUCAGUCACGUGGAUGAAAGACACUCGUAUGCUGGCCGACAAUUCCGGUCGUGUGAGAAUGCUGACCAGGGACAUCAUCCACAUCAACUCUGUAGGAAGAGAAGACAGAGGAGUGUACCAGUGUUUCGUGAGGAACGCUGAUGAUUCAGCCCAGGCGUCAGCGGAGCUUGUUUUGGGAGAAACGGCACCUUCGUUUCAUGAAACUUUUACUGAAAGAACCUUACGCCCGGGCCCCCCAGUAUCCUUCCAGUGUGCAGCGUCCGGUACUCCUCUACCGCAAGUCACGUGGUCUCUAGACGGCUAUCCGGUACCGGACAACGACAGGGUCCGAGUGGGAGACUAUGUAAGCAGAAACGGGGAUGUAAUCAGUCAUGUCAACAUAUCCAGCGUUCGAAUUGAAGACGGAGGACUGUACAGCUGUGCUGCUCGCAACGAUGUGGGUGAAAUUAAACACUCGGGAAGAUUAAAUGUUUAUGGACCGCCAAUGAUCCGGCCAAUGCCGGACUUAUCUGUGGUCUCAGGAGAAACAAUAACGUUACAAUGUCGGGUCGCUGGAUAUCCUAUUGAUGAAAUCAUGUGGGAGAAAGACGGCAGAAAACUUCCUACUAAUCGGAGACAAAAACUGACUCUAAAUGGCACGCUGUCCAUAGAGCAGGUACAAAGACAUGAGGAUGAAGGUACAUACGUUUGUUUUGCUAGGGCAGCUGAUUCACCUGCCGUAGAUGGAAGCCUGAAGAUAACAGUCAAAGAAAAACCAGUCAUUAUGCCCUUUUCUUUUCCAUCGGAAAACCUGAAAGAAGGGAUGAAAAUUUAUGGCAUGUGUGCUGUAUCGGCCGGAGAUCCUCCUUUUCACAUAUCCUGGUUAAAAGACGGUCGCUCCCUGUCGUCUUCCGAUAGCGACAUCACAAUACAGAUGAUUGGACAGGACUUUAGUUCCAUGACCAUAGAUAGUGCUACAACACGACACAGUGGCCAUUAUACCUGUGUGGUUAAAAAUGAUGUAGCAAGUGUGAACUAUACUGCUGUUCUUACUAUACAUGUGCCUCCAAGAUGGCGAUUAGAGCCUUCGGAUACCAGUGUUCUUGUUGGGAGAAGUGUUUCAUUACACUGUCAAGCAGAUGGCUUUCCACAACCCCAAAUUCGUUGGGAAAAGGCAUCAGAUCACUCUGUCAGAGAUUAUCGCCCGAUAAGUACAAGUUACCAUCAUCAAAUAUUUGAAAAUGGCUCGUUAACAAUUCAAGAUGUUACUCAGGAAGACGCUGGUUACUACCUCUGCCAAGCCACAAAUGGUAUCGGUCCUGGAUUGAGCUCUGUUGUUUCCCUUAGCGUGCAUGAAUCUCCAAGGUUUGAAACAAAAUUCAGAACUCAGAUGGUAAAGAAAGGAGACGAUGUAACUUUGUCUUGUUCUGUUUCCGGAGAUCCACCUCUUUCCAUAACUUGGACAAGAGAUAAGCAGCCAUUGAAUUUGGAAACGGAGCCCAGGUUUCAGGUUUCUCAGACUGCGAGCGGAGAUUCUAAAAUGAAAUCUAUUCUUCGAGUGACAUCAGUUGGCAGGGUAGAUUCUGCCCUUUACACUUGUUUGGCUUCAAAUAUAUAUGGACAAGACGACACUAAUAUUCAGCUCAUUGUUCAAGAACAACCGGAUGCUCCAAGGGAAGUUCAGAUUUCAGAAACAGGAAGUCGACUCGUAAGACUGUCUUGGGAACCCCCUUUCAGCGGAAACAGCCUCAUCACACAGUACAUCUUACACAUACGAGAAAAUGCUUCUGCGCCUUCAAGAAACAUGUCCGUGGCAGGCACCGAAACGUCGGCUGAUAUAACGGGAUUGAGGCCGGCCACCGGCUAUGACGUUUACUUGGUCGCGGAAAACGCUAUCGGUGCAAGCGGACCUGGAAGGACGUUUCAUUUUAAAACUGAGGAGGAAGUUCCAGAAGGGCCACCGACUGCAGUAGAUGCAGAAGCUCUUAGUUCAGACACUCUUAGAAUAACAUGGGAGUCACCUGAGAAGCGUCUCAGAAAUGGUAACAUAAAGGGAUACUAUGUUGGUUACAAAGAUGCAAAUUCCUCAGAGCCUUAUCAGUAUAAAACAGUUGAUAUGACUUCAUCGAAAGAUGGGCGAAUUUCGACAGAUCUUCGUGGAUUAAGUCCUUACUCAUAUUACAGCAUUGUAGUUCAAGCUAUUAACUUGAAAGGAGCUGGACCCCGAUCUGAUCCUAUAAUUGUGAUGACUAUGGAAGAUGUUCCCAGCAUUCCUCCACAGCAAGUUGAUUGCAUGGCUUUGACAUCGCAGACGAUAAAAGUGACUUGGCAGUCCCCACCACCUUCAGCCAUUCAUGGAAUCUUAAAAGGAUAUAAAGUACUUUACAGAGCAGCAGAAGAUUGGCAAGAUAUUGAAGAUCAUGAGGUAACUGUGCCCAUUCCAGAUAAAGAGACGUUGUUGAAAAGUCUUGAAAAAUUUACGAAUUACAGCAUAAGCAUAUUAGCUUUUACUGGAAGAGGUGAUGGAAUUUUGAGUGAAUCCAUUUUUUGCAGAACAAUGGAAGAUGUUUCCAGUCCACCAGCAGACAUCAAGGCUCUACCAAUGCUUCCAGAUGCAAUUCUUCUGAGUUGGCAGCCCCCUGUGCAACCAAACGGCAUUCUUCAGCAGUACACGUUGUAUCAAAGAACCACAGUAAACAGCAUACAGAUGACAAAAAAGCACACUCUGUCUCCUUCACAACAUUAUUACGAAGCUCUUCGUUUGGAGAAAACCAAAAGAUACGAGUUUUGGGUCACGUGCUCUACAUCAGCUGGUGAAAGCGAAGGGACAAGAGUUCUAUCCCAAACAACAUCAGAAACAAUUCCCGCUAGAAUAGCGUCUUUCUCAAGUCAAACUAUAACGCGCAGGAAAUCAUCCGUCCAGUUGCCAUGUAAAGCUGUUGGAAUUCCUGCUCCAGAGCGCACGUGGUCAUUCAAAGGGCAAUCAAUACGCGACAGAAGACGAACAAAAUUUAUGAAUAAUGGAAGCCUACUGAUUGAAGAUGUUGACGAUGACGACGCUGGCAAUUACACUUGCAAGGUUCAAAAUGUUUAUGGAGCUGAUGAAAUAGCAUUUUCGCUGAUAGUAAGAGCGAAACAUCUGAAUGGAAGAGCUCUACCUGCUCCAACAGCUCUUACAAUCAUUGGUGAAACACCAGCAAGUCUUGAAAUAAAGUGGUCCAUGGAUUCACGUGGCAGACUAAAGACAAAAGGAUUUGUUAUUCGACACAAGCGAGAAUACGGUCAAUGGGAGGAAUCAAAAACAUCAUCAAAAAUGACAACCCAUACCUUGCUUAACCUCCAGUGUGGUACGAAGUAUUACAUAUACGUAGCUGCUUUAGGGAAAAACGGAGAAGGUGAACCAAGUGAAACGAUAACAGCAAAGACAGAAGGCAGUGCUCCAGUUGCUCCAGACAAGGACUCAUUCGUUGCAGCCAAUUCAACUUCUCUAACAGUUAAUCUAAGAACAUGGGAAGACGGUGGUUGUGGAAUUAAGUCAUUUGUUAUUCGAUACAAAAGACUUCAUACAACGGAUUGGAAGAUGGCGGCAAGUUCGGUCAGCCAGCAGCAAGAUAAAAUCGUCAUUCGGGAUUUAAGCCCAGGAACUUGGUACAGUAUCAGAGUGACGGCGCACAAUGUGGCAGGAUCUACUGUUGCAGAAUAUGAGAUAGCGACAUUAACGUUAGAAGGAGGUACAGUGGCACCUAUUUUGAUACUGGAAAGUCGAGAGUCUAUAAACAUUUGGGAAGAUGUUAAUAUUAUUGUUCCAGUCGUAGCGGCGAUUGUUGCAUUGACAGUUGUAAUCGGCGUUGCUGUUUGUGUCUGCGUGAAGAAAAGACAUGUCGGAGAAGAUUAUUACGAACGGAGAGGUGGUAAUCCAAACGCUGCGCCACUGAUGCCAAAUCAAGCAGCAAAGAAAAAUGCAGAAGGCAACAACGCUCCCAUUCGUGAGACAUCUAUGUACCAAACUUGCAGUCCAAAAAGCACCAAUACCUCAAGGAAACCAGGGCCAGAUGCCACUGGGGAACAAGGACAUUACUACGAGGACGAUAUCGCCCCGUACGCGACAUUCCGGCUACCCGGAUGCGAGUCGGACACCGAGAGCUCCCAGGGCACAGUCCGGGAGCUUCAGACGUUCGGCCAUCUGCACUACAGCCGAAGAUCCUACCCAGACAACGCAGCGGCUCAUCUUCAAGAGCAGCUUAUACUAAGCCGGGAAAUAGAUCCAUAUCAAAAAAUUGUCGAGUGUCCGACCUAUGACGAGAACUUUCCGUCCUCCCAUCCGUCCAUUGGUGUAUAUAGUGAACCAAAGUUUCAAGAGGUUCUGGUUCCGAGGGAGGAAUUCGAAGAGGAUCAGAGCUGCCGGGAGAAAAGGAGGCCCGAGGAGAUCUACAAGCGAUGGAUAUGUCUCAUUGAGCCGUACUGGGCAGGGGACACAAUUGAGAGUGACGUAGAUGUAGAAUAUGAACGAACGGAGCAGGUAGAAGAUCUGCUUUUGAAGCAAGAGAUGUCGGAAGCAGAAUGCGACUGGGAUCGAAAUGAGUGCUACUAAGCUUAAUUUUAAAACUUCCAAACGAGUCAUUUCCGCACCUGUGCAACGGUUUACGGACAUAGCAGGAAAUGCGUUGCAAAGGUGGUGCUGGAACAAUUGCUCUUAACAACGAGUCACGUAUUUAUGCAAUGCUGAGCGUAUGUCAAAAGCAAGAUAAAUGAAAAAAAAAAGAACAGGAUUAAAACCAAAUUUUUGUAAUUCAAAGCAUCAAUUAUCUCACUAUUUCAUAGUGUCUCAAACUUUUAUUGUAUGAAAGAGUAUAAAUGAAAGUACUGGUUAAAUUUUAGUAAUGUAUCUAGAUUUUUGAUUUAAUAAUUGCUGGUUUGUAUUUAAUGAUAAAAAAGCAAAACUUUGUAAUUUCUCUUUUAUUUCGUUUUUCCAUGAAAAAAAAUGUUUGCAUGAAAUAAGAUUAUAAAAGCAUCAGCUCAAUUUUUAAAAUAAAAUGAAAUUGUCUACGUAAUUAAGGUUGGGCUAAAUUUAAAAGCUAACAUGUUGGUACAUUAAAUCACGAAUAUGAAAAUGACACUAGGAUAGUUUAAUAAAUUUGAAUUAAGGGUAUUACUUAAAUGAUAUUUUAGAUGUAUCAUUUACUCAAAUGAUACAUUUAAAAAGAAUCAUAGGUUAAGUUUUAAGACAUGGUUAAUAAGUUUUCUGCAGAUAGUCUUUAAAAAUAGAAAGAUUUAUUAUAGUUGAUAUGUCAUAAUAACACUUACAGUGGAACAAGUAAAUUAACUAAAAAUAAGUAUAAAAAUGUGAUUCGAAAUGGAUAUUGAACAUUCUAAAUUACAUAUUUUCAUUAUUUUAGAAUAUUUGAGUACUUUACACUCCCGGGUCCUCGUACUUACUAAUACACGUGGUUUAAUCGGUUGGAUUGGGCCUAGAGGACAAGUCUGCUUUAUGAUCCAGAUUCAAAUUUCAAGCAAAACCUGGUCCAACAUCCCCAAGGGUAUUGAUUUGGAAUGGGAACUUAAGAGACUUUGUGACCAAGACAUAUUUAACGUGCCUCAGUUACCAUAAAUAAACACGUAUGAUCUUCGAUCGGCUGACAUUGAACCUAAGACCUCCGGUUACGAGCCCAAUGCCAAUUGUAUUGUGUAAAAUGUCUUAAUAUGGUCAUGAACAGCUAUUUCUUACUUUUCGUUUAGUUUGAAAUCUACUAUUUAUCUUAUUUCGAACGACAGGAUGUGCCAAAAUGUAAUUUAGGACGUUUUAAAAAAUUUGAGUUUUAAUCCUGAAAUAAUUAACUGGCAUUUUGUUUUUCGAAAGUCUGAACACUUCGAAUUGUGAAAAAGAAACUUUCAAGGUGUUGGACGCUUUGCGAAAGGGGAAAAAAACUCUUAUCAUUCGAAUCUCUUUUGGAUGAAAGGGUUCGGCAUUUCUGUGAUUUUAAGCAUCAUCAAAAUGUACUCAUAUAUCAAAAUAGCAACUAUGUGAUGUACAUAAACUUGGAUUAUUGUUGAAAGUUUAUUAAAAAAUAUUAUGUAAAAGUUGCAGUCUCAGUGUGAGAUGAA